AUGGCAUCGAGGGUUUGGUCCGAGAAGGAUAGGGGUUCAACCCCCCUACACUGGGGCAGUUACGCGCGGUCCCCCCAUCCUCCAAACAUCAACAUCAACAUUGACAGCAUCCACCAUCGUCCGUCAAUCAGCCAUCCAAAUCUCAUCAUGGCAACACCCGAGUACCAUCCGUUCAAUAACCCGCGGGAGGUUGGCUGGCUCAUGGCGGAUCUUUUCGAUCUGUACUGCUCCUAUGAGCCAGACUCCUUCAGCUUUGAGUGGCUGCAAAAAACAACUGACCUAGAAGUUUAUUGCAAGGACGCCACGGAAGAGAAGAUGGAUAUUCCAACAUCACCUGCUCUCCUAAAGGCUAUCCACAACUGCUAG